GUUAGAGAAGGCGUGAGCACAGCCAGAACAAGAUGCAGCUCGGAGAGAAGAGGAGCUUGGGGAAGUGGUGGUUGUGCGCGGGUUUUUCGGGUUUGCUUUUCACAUCCGCGUUCAUCGCGGCGACUCUCUACCUGGGCUCGCGGGACCCGGCUCUCAGACCCAGGUUCAGGCAUGUCUCGUCUCGAGCGACGGUUAAGCCGACUCCGACAUCGACACCCGCCGACCGUCUUGAACUCGGCCCUGAUCCAAUGACCUACGAAGAGUUGUAUCCGCUGAAGCGAAACCCCGUGAAGAAGAAGUCCGAGGCGGUGUACCCCGCCGACUGGCCCCGAGAGAUGGCGAGGCCGGUCGUCGUCGACCCUCAAGACAUCGGGGACGAUUUCAGCCUCCCGGGCAUCCAGCCCCAACCCCCGCCGUUUAGGUACAUAAAAGACUACGAAGACAGUGAAGUCGAGUACGAAAACCCCAUGUUCACAUAUUUGCAAAAAAGGCUGAAAGAUAUUUACGAUCUCGUCGGCAGCAGGAAAGCGGUAAACGCCGACUGGCUGGACCUCCUUAGAACAGUCAACGAAUCUAUAUACAAGAGUAACGCGACAAUAAUCAUGGAAAAGCUAAAAACUAUGUAUUACAACACGUCCGCCCCUGAAAUCCCGAUGUCCUCGUUAAUCUAUCCCAAUAGACAAACACUGUUGAGCAACUCGUCUAGUUUGGUCUCUUUCGGUCUGUUGGCAAUCGAUUUGUUCCUUCUUCAUAACGUGCAGCAGAUAGCUUUUACCGAGGAAGACGCAUUGGGAGAUCGUCUGCAAAAAGAUCCGGAAGUUGUCGCCUUAAACGCCCUGUUCCUUCCUCCAGACCGGCUCGGAAAAUCCAGCCGCUCCCGAGAAGAACUGGAGUCGCAGGGUAUGAUUCAGGAGGUGCUGGAGUUCCUUCUUGGCGUGAUGAGAGCUGUGGGCAACCUGGGAAAAGCAUACGCGAAAUCGACCAGCCCGGAAGAGAAGAGAAGCAACGAGCCGAGCCCCCUCGACUGCAUUUGGACCCUCUAUUGUCGCAAUUUGGAUAAAACGGCGAAACUCGACGGACCUUACGGGUUCCUCGCAAAAAUGAACAGCCUUGGUUUACGAUUGAUGAUGGGCGAAUUUCCCGUCGAGCAGGCCCUGGAGAAGCUGUUCACCGAAUUUACAAGAGGUUGGGGCCAUCUGAACUGCCACAAACUUUUCCCCAGAUGCAGUGCGGAUGAGGCGAGGCACGUCGUCAUGGAGACAGCUUUGGGCGACAACAGGAUUUGAGGCCGGUCGGGUGGGAUAUUAAAGAAUCUGCACAACUUCCUAAUAUUUUGUAAAUAGUAUUUAUUACUUUUUGAUUUUGUUUCAUUUGAACAUUCCAUUAAAGAGAGAAAAAGAGAGAGAGAGAGAGAGUGAGAGACGAAAGAAAGCCUGCAUUAUCAGCUCAGGUCUAUCCUAUUUUUUGUUAAUGAUAAAAAGUAUCUCAAACGUAGCAUUGUGAAAUUAGGUGGUAUUUAAAGAAUAAAUUUUGUACAAAUAAUAAAUUUAUAAAUAUA